AAAAUCAUAUUGUUUUCUCCCUCUUGAGUUCUUGACGCAAAACAAUCAAGAGAGGGGCACAGCGAAACGCCAUGGGAGAGGAGAAGGUGAAAACAGAAGCCAUGCAGAUAAUAGACUCGUUUCAAAUCUUGCCUAAAUUGGUCGUUUUUGACCUUGAUUACACUCUCUGGCCUUUCUACUGUGAUUGCCUCUCAAAACGUGAAAUGCCAUCUUUGUAUCCCCAUGCUAAAGCCAUAUUAUAUGCACUGAAAGAGAAGGGAAUUGAUGUGGCUAUUGCUUCGCGAUCACCAACUCCAGAUAUUGCAAAAACAUUUCUUGACAAAUUGAGUAUCAAAUCUAUGUUUGUAGCUGAUGAGAUAUUUUCCAGUUGGACUCACAAGACUGAGCAUUUCCAGAGGAUUCAUUCAAGGACUGGGGUACCCUUUAACUCGAUGCUCUUUUUUGAUGAUGAGGAUAGGAACAUUCAAGCGGUUUCAAAGAUGGGAGUAACAAGCAUUCUAGUAGAUGAAGGAGUUAAUCUUGGAGCAUUGAGACAGGGGCUCACAAAAUUCGCACAAAAUGUCAAUACAUCUGAGAAAAACAAGGAAAAAUGUCUGAAAUUUUCACAAAAUUCAAAUUCAUCUAAGAAGAAAGAGGAAGAAUGAAGGAAUAGAUAUUUAUGACAUUAAAGUUAAACUGGUCAAGGACUUAUUUGAUAGUUACAUUAUACUCAAAAUUUGAUAUAUCAGUAUACCACAGAAAAGCCUUUUUCUCAUUGUUCCUUAUGCUCUUUAGAGCAGUUCAAUAGAUUAAAAAUAUUUAUGGGGUUUCAUCCCUGUUUAUUCAUCUGAUAUCACUGUUUCAGAUAGCAGCAGCUGCAGUUCACAGUUUACUUUUAGCAUCAUUUGAUAGUAUUAUUUAAGUACCAAAGUAGAGUUUCUUAUGGUUCUGUGUGCUCAUGUGUUUGUUGCAGAUAAAAUUUGUCCCUACAUGUUCAUGUGCAUUGUUGUGUGGUCUUCUACAAUACUGAUGUUUGAAUUAAUUUUGAUCUGCA